GCAACAGGACUCCACUCCUAUAAAAGCCCUGGUAACCAGGCCUCUACACAUCCUGGCUCUGUCGCGGGGGCUGGCCUGAGUCUCUCAGCCUCACCUGCCAGACAACAUCCCCUUCUUCCUCACCCUGCCUCCUGUAUUCUCCGGAAACCUUGAUCUGCACAAUGCCCCCCAACCUCACUGGCUACUACUGCUUCGUCUCGCAGAAGAACAUGCAGGACUACCUGCAAGCCCUAAACAUCAGCUUGGCUCUGCGGAAGAUCGCGGUGCUGCUGAAGCCGGACAAGGAGAUUGACCACCAGGGCAACCACAUGACAGUGAGGACGCUCAGCACCUUCCGAAAUUACACUGUGCAGUUCAACGUGGGAGAGGAGUUUGAGGAGGACCUCAAGAGCAUCGAUGGACGAAAAUGCCAGACCAUAGUAACCUGGGAGGAGGAGCAGCUGGUGUGUGUGCAGAAAGGGGAGGUCCCCAACCGGGGCUGGAGACACUGGCUGGAGGGAGAGAUGCUGUAUCUGGAGCUGACUGCAAGGGAUGCAGUGUGCCAGCAGGUCUUCAGGAAGGUCAGAUAGCCGGAGAGGAGCCGAGCCCCUCCAGACAGUGCCUGGCCCACAGACCCUCCUGUCAUGUCCCCUUCAAGCCCAGAUGGUGCCAGGUCAGCCGUCCCUUCCUCCAGCCACCUCCCCUCGCUGGGUCCCUUCUUACCCCUCCCUGUGUUAAUCUGUAACUUGCAGCCCCCAGGCCAAAGUCCUUUCUCACACUCCACUGCCCAGUAGUGACCUCACUUCCAGAUCAAGUUCUGGCCUCCUAGAUGAAAGAAGCAGGCAGAGGGAAGGGCCCUGAGAACAGCCAGUCCCCGCUCUCUCCUGUCCAUUUGAACUCUCCUUUUCCUUCUAAGAAAGAGCUAAGCUUUGGGCAUUUGGUGAUUAGUGAAAAUUAUAUCCUGACGGACUUCCAGAAAACUGUGACUGGGUUUCAAGAGUUUAAACAGCAGCUGCCGGCAGAGUCUUUUUGUCCAUUUCUUUGUCCUUAUUCUCGAGAAAGCUUCAUAUGCUCAGCAAAACCAGGCUCAAGACACAGCCCCACCUGCGCAGGGUACAACAGACCCCACGGCUCUGACAUCUGAAGGCAUCUGGCUAUUUGACACUUCCAUCCUAUGUGCUGGGAAAGAGGGAUGGGAUGGGGUAAGACCUUUGUCCAAUGCUGGGGGAGGCGGGGGGCUUCUACAGGGUGACCUGGCCUCCGUGUCUGCUUUGGGAAGGGCAGGCAGCAAGAAAGCCAGAUUAAAAAGGAAUUAGAUGAAGGGUGCAAGGUCAAGGAAUAAAAGACUGGGAUACAGGGGUGUGAGGCACAGGAGGGAGAAGCCCAGCUGGCCUGGCUAUAGGGACCUUCUGCUCAAAGGCCAGCAAGGCUGGAGACAGGGGAUAAAGAGGAGACCUGAGGACAGCAAGGGUCCCAGAGUCACUGCCUUGGAAAACAGCCGAGAAAGGUGGAGCUGGCUCAGCAUCUAGGCCAGCUCCAGCCUCUGGCCUCCUCUCCACCUCCAGGGGCCUUGGCUCUUUCAGAAUAAAAGUCCCUGGAGGGGCAAGUGUCAGAGAGAUGAGGGCUCAAUGUGAGGGCAGGAACAGAGCCUGGGGGGAGGGCUGAGGGAGGUGGAAAGUCCCUGGCCCUCAUCAGAUGAAGACUCUUGCCCCCUCUUCCUGCAAUGGCUAGGCCCCCCACGCACGCACGACAGUCACUAGGGCUCUGGCCAAGAACUAGGCUUGCAAUACUGAUCCUACCACACACUCUGGAAUGAAUUUGGAAUAGAAAA